UGGAACGCAGGCAGCUGAAGCCCUUGUCAGUCUGUGGUGGUCUGCAGGAAGUGAUGCAGGGAUAAUUCCCAUUAAUAUCCAGUUAAUACGGUACUAAACUCCGUCACGGGUAGGUUUCGCUUAUUAUCUUUACAACACACCUUAAAAGCUAAAGCAUCUGAGAGGAAACAGGCUACACUGCAAAAAAAAAAAAAAAAAAAGGCGAAAGCAAAAAAUAGAAGCGAUAGACAGGUGAUAUAGCUUUGCUUAACAAGAAGCCUCUCUCUACUGUUGCCUUGCUGUUGGACUUCGGUUCCGAUGUGCAGGACGUGAUGAGUGGAUAUUUCACAAUAAUACCACCAUCUGCUUAAAAGGUCUGUAUCAUUUGGCAAUUGGAUGGUCUUGUAUUUAGAAUACAGUGCCUAUGUGUUAAGAGUUCUGCUGGAAUCCUUCCUUCGAUCAUGAGUUACUCAGCACUGAUGGCAUGUUGAGGUAUACGGCAGGGCAGCAGCGGCUGUGGAUGAGAGGGAGUUUAGCCUGAAGGUGGGAAACCUGCUGCUGAGCUGUUGCUUCCAAAACCAUGGGCCAGUGUGUCACCAAGUGCAAAAACCCGUCUUCCUCGCUGGGGAGCAAGAAUGGUGACAAGGAGCCUGGUGGCAAGUCGCAAGGCAAGAAGAGCCACAAGGAGGAGCUGGGCCCAGGCAAAGUUUCUGGGGACCCCCUUGCCAACGGCACCAAGAAGUUGGAGGUGAUAGAGGCCAUGCAACUUACAGCCCCGUCAGGUGACACUCUGAAGGAGGAGCUGGUUUCCAACGGCGACGAGUUCUCUGUGGACCGGAUCGAGGAGCUGUUCAAGCGAUACAAGGACGAGCAGGAAGAUGAGAUCCUGGAGGAGGGAAUGGAGAGCUUCUGUGACGACCUCUGUGUGGACCCCGCGGAGUUCAGGGUGCUCGUGCUGGCCUGGAAGUUUCAGGCAGCUACCAUGUGCAAGUUUACAAGGAAGGAAUUCGUGGAGGGCUGCAAAGCGAUCAAGGCAGACAGCUUGGAAGGGAUCCACACACGUUUCCCCUACCUACUGGUGGAGGCCAAGAUGGAAGACAAGUUCAAGGACCUGUACCGCUUCACCUUCCAGUUCGGGCUGGACUCCGACGAGGGCCAGCGGUCGCUGCACCGGGAGAUCGCCAUCGCCCUGUGGAGACUGGUCUUCACACAGAACACCCCCUCCAUCCUGGAGCAGUGGUUGGACUUCCUGACGGAGAACCCCUCAGGGGUGAAAGGGAUCUCCCGAGAUACUUGGAACAUGUUCCUCAAUUUUAGUCAGGUGAUCGGAACGGACCUCAGUAACUACAGUGAGGACGAGGCCUGGCCAAGCCUCUUCGACACCUUUGUAGAGUGGGAAUUGGAGAGGAGGAAAAAGGUUGAGCAGGAGAAAAAUAAAUGUACUGAGUCCCCAAGCAGCACAGAGAGCCUGGCUCAGGACUGAGCGACUGUGUGAUGAGCCGUGUGUGUGUGUGUGUGUGUGUGUGACAGACAGAGAGAGAGAGAGAGAGAGAGAUCUCUUAUUGUUGUAAUUGAGUAAACUCUGGGCUUCUCUCUUCAGACUUUGAAGAUUUAAUAUUGUUGUGGUUGUUUAUUAUUAUUAUUAUUAUUAUUAUUAUUGUUUUAUUUUUGGUGAGGGGGUGGGGGGAAUCCUUUUCAACACCCUUGUUUGCCUUGUCUUUUGAAAGGGCUCCAAAUACUGUAUCAUACUUUUAAAGCACUUUUAUUUUGUAUCUGAUAAUUUAAUUUUUUUUUUUUUUUUGCCUCUGAAUAGUGCAGUAGAGUAAAGCAGGACCUAUUGUUGCACAAUUUGUAAUUAUUUUGUGUGUCCCUUUUUAUGUAAAUUUUAGUAUUAUGAACUGCAAUAGUGCUGGGGUUGAAAUGCAUUUUUAACAAGGCAUCAUGUACUGAGUAUAGUGCAGUUUGCCACCACAGUGAUUUUAUUUUAAUUUUAUUUUUUUUAAUACAAAAAACACAGUGGUUUAUAUUAAUAUAAACAGUGUUACUCAUUUACAGCUGUUACUUUUUAAUUUAUUAAAAUUGAACCAUCAAGUGCUAUCGCCAUGUUUUAAUGUUCUCUGGUCUACAAAAAGGAAAGUCUCUCUUUUUUUUUUUUUUUUUUUGGUUGUCAAGUGUAGACAUUGUGAACCACAAGAAGGACUGUGAAGCAACACAAACCCACAGGGGAUAACUGUCGCACAAACCCAUGUGGAAUUUAGGGGGUUUUUUUACAGGUGAAGCAAGACCGCUAGAAAAUCACACCCAUGUUUGAAAUAGACCCCUAUUGCUUCAGUGACAGAACGGUAAAUAAAGGUGGGAUUGAUCUAGGCUGCGGUCAGUGGUAGUAAAUGUACUUCUAUUAUAGAUACAUGAUGUCUGCAGUGUUUCAAAAUGAUAUACACUGUCUGGCAGAAAUAUAACUACAUCAGCAAGAGGCCAUUAUCGCUUGUAGGAAGUUGGUCCACACCCUGCUGCUUUUGACACUCCUUAGAAGGUAUCCUCAGGUAUUCCAUUUUAAUUAAUCUUCAAAUACCUUAAAACAAAAGGUUUGUAGCGUUGUAGGACUGUGUUGGUUAAAUUCAAGAAAUUAGUUACCUGAUUGAUAAGAUCUUUGGGUAAAUGGUGUUUUUUUUUUGUUUUUUUUUUCAGAAAUACUAUAGAUAUUUUGUGGAACAGUAUAUUUUUUCAAGUUGAAGACUAAACUGAAUGUUUCUAAUCUCAGAAAAUGGAUUGGAAAGGUUGAGUGUAAACCUUGUUAGAAGACUGUCAGCAAAGGCUGAUUGGAAUAGGUAGAAGUUGCAACCCUGGCAUAUCUGUGCUUCCUAACUUUAACUCUCUGGCUGAUUUAAAAACUGUUAUGCUACCUAAGAUAUGGAACAAAUUGAAACCAUUCCCUGCUGGGCACUAUUGCUGUGACAAACCAUAAAAAAUGUAAUUGCCUAUAGAGUACAGUAGAAUAUUUUUCCUGUAUAUAAAACUGCUCAAAACAAGUCAUUAUUCUGCUUAAUAAAAUGCAAUACAAUUGUAAUCUUUGUAAAAUUAAA